AUGACUGCGGACAAGCUGGCGCGCAUGAGCAUGGCAGCAAGCAUCGGGCCGGGACUGAGCGAGGCCGACUACGGGCUCUUCUCCAGGAGUCUGGAGGACAUGAGCGGCUGCAUUCACCAGCUCUGCAGGGCCUACCAGUUGCAGGAGCCCGCACUGGUCCCUGGUGGGGCCUUCCCCGACCAAACAUCUGAGACGAGCGAGGCGGCAACCGCGCCUGCCGCUGCAACAGGUGAGGACAGUGAAGCCGGGAGGGGCUUCAAGAAGCACAGGCCGUCCAACCGCGUGAGGCCAGACAAGGCCUGCCUCGAGUGCGGCAGGAGAGACACAGCCCAAUGGAGACGUGGCCCGCUGGGUGUGUCGACUUUGUGCAAUGCGUGCGGCAUCAGGCACGCCAGGGUGAUGAAGAAGGUGAUGAGGCAGCAGGUGCUCAGGCUUGGAUUGUCGCCCGGCUGCACUCCUCCUCUCCCUGAUGAGGCCGAAGACGGCCAGCACGCCGCCUCGCCUGUACAACAAGGUCACUACCACCACCAGAACCAAAGAGAUGAGUGGCCUGGACUCAACAGCGACGACGACGAAAGAGAGUCCACCGCCAUCGACCACCUUCCUCACGCCGCCCACCAGCAGGCCGCGAGGUCCUCGGUCUACGACCUCCUCAACUAA